GCUAUUGAGGGCGAGUAAAACUCUGCCAAACUUUGACCUGGAUAUCUGUAUUUUCUUGUAGCUGGUGUCUUGCGGGAGCUACGGUAGUUGCGAUGGUGUCUCGCUGUUAUCCCACGGCAUUAUGUAGGAUCGUGUCACAUGUAUGGACAGCCAAGUUGUGUGUCGAGAUGACAUAGCCUACUUGAGUCUGCUGUCCAUGCGUGUCGGCUGUGGAUGCAGCAGGCUAUCCAAACGCUGACACAGUAACUAUAUGUGAAGUGAUGCAUUUGAAUUUCAGACAGAUAUUUAACAUCAUCUGGACGGCGCAUCGGGCCAGCCAUUAACCUGGCAAACAGGAACAUCAUUCUUCACUGUUUCUGUGAUCGGCUGCCAUCCUUCCCUCGUUUAUUGUAGAAUAAUUCAUUACUUAUACCAAGAUGGAAGAAUAAUGCGCUUGGUUUUUACUCAGCGUUCACCCCCCGCCGCCUUCCCAGCCUCGACAUUCAAUAUUGACCAGGUGAACCACGAACUUAGACGGGACAUCCUCGUCGCUGUAAACCAUGGCGGCCUAAAUAGGGUCGAUAAUCUCCGAUAUGACUCACAGAUAGAUGACCAUGUAUGCCCACUUUGAAGACGACAUUCUUCAAAAAGCAGGCCUUCGAAAUAAGCAAUCUGUGCUAUCGCAGUUGUCAUAGUGCCUGUGUGCGGAAUACCACAUCCCUGUUAGAGAGAUUUAUAAUUGCAUGCAUAACAAGUUAUUUUUUAACCCCACAGCUUCAGACCUCCGACGUGAAGCCCGUGAACCAAACUCGUCUAUAAUUGGUGAAGCCCCGAGCAGCCGGUCACUACCGGGAUAGCUCUUGCGCGGUCGUUGAGGUCUCCGGGUUACCCCGGCUCAGACACAAUGCGAUGUGUCAGCUGCCGACUUUGUGAUACUCGUGCUUCACGCCGACACGGGUAUCUACGGCGUUCCUCUUUUUUUCUGAUCGGCGUUUUUGGUUUCCCAAUUUCACGUUUGGCCAUCUGUCAACGAUUUGGCUGCUUGCACGCAGCCAUUACUGAGCGAAUGGCGAAGGGCACGUUAGAAGCUCUCACACACACCACCGAUCCACUCCGAGGUAGGAAAGCAGCUAAAUAGUUUCAGCCCGUGCUUCUCUCGGUGGACGGACAGGAUCGUUGUCCUGCACCGCCUCAGUCAGGAACGGCACAGAUCGUGCAUGGUAUCUAGUAAACAAACUCUUUCAGUCAAAAGGCGAUGUCCGCCUCGCAGUAUGUGCACGGUUAUUUCCUCACCAUCACAAGUGUUGAGAAAAGUAGGAAAUUUGUUGGCCUAAAGGAGCGGAUACCCUUGUAAACAGCAGGCCCAUAGUGCUUUCAGGAUCCAGGUAAGACAAGUGGCCUAAUUACAGCAGGGUAACCUGUGUUGCUUAACCACCGUGCCAAAAUGUGAUUAUGGAAUAGGAGAGGUAAAUAUCCUGUGGGUGUUUAAAUCAGAAAAGACUGAUUUCAUACUUCAAACUUUUAUCUGUUGGUCUGUGUGUGAGUGGAAGCUGCAGAUGUGCCGUUAUUCACCUCAUAACUGCAACUAUGAGCUGGUGGUCCUCAUAUAUUCUUCUCUGCUCCUUUUCUGUCUUUGUUUUCCAGCACUUACAUUAUAGUCAGACUUCAGUUAAGGAAAAGCUGACCUCAUGUUUCACUGUGCACUUGUUCAAAGUGAAAAUAUAGAAAAAGUUGCAAGUAAAGUAGAUUUUAUUCUAUUACAAAUGAUGUAAAUAUGAUAAUACCUCCAGGAGAGGUCCCUGCAUAUCCUAUUAGAGCUGUUUCAUCUUCAUGGCUGUUGGUGCUUUGUUAUUUAUCAAAUGGGCUGUCUGUCUUCUGCUGUCAGUGCAGUUGCUGUGUGAACCAUGUUUGGAUUGUUUCAGUGUUUGUGUUGAAGGCUAUUGUCUUUAUGAACUGGGGCAGCUUGUCUUGUUUUUGCAUAAAGUCUGGUAAAGGGCUAAAAUUAAAAUUAAGUUAAGUUGGAACUCAGCUAAAGCCCACUUCUCUAGAAAACCGUGUAAAAACCUGACGUGAUAAUAACAGGAAAUGUGAUUUUGACACACUACACUACAAGAUGUGGAUGGAAGUGAACUGAAGAUGAUUUAUAGAUGAAUGGCCCUCCUUUUGUUAAUAUUCAUAAUCAGAGAUUAUCGGUGGUCUUGCUUCAGACUGCCAAAAGCCUGGCCUGGACAAACCAAGGAAAUCAUGAAAAUUUAUAUGGUUUAGUAAGGCUCAGUACAGUGGGGAUGUAGUCAUAUUAUAGUCACUCACAAUGAAUGAGGGGAAAGUAUUCAACAUGAAUCCAGGGAAUGUUGUUAUGUCACUGCAUGAGUUGUCUUUUUAGUUAUUUUGGAUUAAUUGCAUGUUUUAGUGUUGUCAGUGAAGGACAAUGAGAAUUUGGGAGCAAGAUUGGAAUAAUACUAUUGGCUCAUUUUUGGUUUGCAAAGGAAUGUAGAAAUUGUUACACAGCUCAUAUCAAAUAAGCCAGUUUAAGUAAACGAAGACACAAGUGAGGUUUUUGUGACCUACUGUCACCCUGUGAGCAAAAUGUUUUGUGUUUCCAGGGCUUUAACUGAAGCUAACCCUACUCAGAUGUCUUCUCCAAGCUGCACCAGCCUGCAGCCUACAGCAUGCAACUGGAGUGCCUCCAGCACCCACAGUCUUGCUUCCUCCUGUUAAUUCCCCUGCAACAGACCCAAACCUCUCCCACUCUUUCUUUUAUAUAAAUAUAUAUAUUUAGGCAAUUCCGUUUAGCAGCCAUCACCCACUGCUCUGACUCUGUUAAUUGACCUGACUGUCACUGAAACACUAACACCCGCUCAGUGAUACACAGAGCUUCCUUUGGUUAAUAAAAUAGAGUUUAUUACUUAGUUAUCCCGAUAAGCCUUUUCAGUUUAGCGCACCGUUACACUCUUUGGUCGCGAUCCCCCAUUCCCCUUGAGCGGCUGGAGCUCGCGUUGCAUGCCGGUACCUGCAGUCCUCACCCCUCCCAGCCUCUCCAGCGUCUAAUCCUGGGCGUGGGUAGCCGUGCACUACAUCUCCCAUGCUGUCACCGAGCACCCUUCUGCCCCUCUCUCCCUCUCUCCCACCAGACUGGAGACUGGCGAUACGAAGCGGACUGUCUUGACGACCCCCCUACCCUCCCCUCCUCCUCUCUCCCUAUCUCCCUCCCGCCCCUCCCGCCCCCCGGACUUUUUAGAACGGAAAACCGUCGAGAUUAGUGAGCAGCCGCGGACGGCAGAGGCGAAAGGCUGAACACGGCCGUAUCCGAGUCGUGCCUGUACGUCGUUCACAUGCCAUCUGGACGAGCGGCAUAUCACUGUACUUCAAGGAAAACUCUCACCUAACAGACUCAGCAACCCCUGAGGCAUGUUGUGUUAAAGAAACACCUAUGCAGGUGGAUCCUACUCUAAUGAAUGUAGGGGAUGGAGGCACGGUGAGCAGUGAGAUCAGUGCUCCAAAUAAAGCGUCUGCUAGCAUGGUGGGAAAUCCCCCCCAGACGCUACCCCCUGAGUUUAGAGGAGAUGUUACCCUCAGUCAGCAAAACAAGACCACUCCAACAACAGACUGUAAGACAGCAAAAGCCUGCCUGGACACUAGCAAUUACAACCACAGCCCUGAGCUUUCUCCACCCCAGCAGCCCAGCAAUGCACCAAUGUCCAGCUCAGCCCUCACCAGCUCAGAGAAGAGAGCAGAGAAAAGGGCAGAGGCCCCUAAACUCAAGUCUGAUGGUGCUGGGGUCUUCCCCACUCCUCAGCGGUCAAGUGGCAUAAAAGUCAGCUGGGAAGACUCACUCAAUGCCUGUCACAGCAAUGUAACAUCCAGUAAGAAAUCACACCCGCAAACACAGUCUGUGCAAAGUGCUCCUCCUGGGUUUCAGUGCCCCACCAUGUUCAAACCAGUCCAGCCCGUUGCCUUCCUUCCUUCCACUAAUUUUUCCUCUCCACUUUGUAAAAUCACUCUUCCACCAGCAUUGGGUCAGAUUGCAGCAUUGCGAGAAGCCACAGCCAGUCAGUUUCAGAAAGAAGCUCAGCCUCAAAGCUCAGGUGUCGCAGGGGCACCUCUCAUGCGGACCUAUCCCUAUCCGUUCUCUGUGGGCCGGACUCCAGCAGCAGAGAAAAAAGCGGGCACAUCAACGUCAAAAAUUAAAUCCAACCAUUCAUCGAGCAAGAACGCCAAAUCUGUAGGAGAGCAUAAAUCUUUAGCUUCAGUGGUAGCCUCACCAGCUAUUGCCCUACCAUUGCAGCACCCGUCAUUAACUUCUGCAACACCCACCUGCUACACGUUGUCUCCUACCGCUGCCAUUUGCUGUGGCUCCGCACUGGCCAGCAUCACUUCUCAGAGCAGACUGCUGAACCAUGUGGAGAAAGGCAACAGCAUAGACAAGGCAACCAUGGGCUCUCUAAAAACAACACCCCUCUCUGCUUCAGAGGACCAUACAGCUUGCUCAGUGGAACUAAGAGAUGUACCUCUUGAUUUGUCUGCUAAAUCAAAACGUCCAAAAUGCAUUAAUGACCCUCCAGUUCCACUGAUUGGGCCUCAUAAUAAUGAGUCAAACCAGAGAGAUUUUCUGAAUUCAAAGAGGACUCCUUCUACAACUUAUAGUUCAGCUGUGCAAUACCCUAUCCUACCAAACACCCACAGAAAUGGAUCUCAUCAAAAGCAAAUAAAUAGGCCUCAGAAUCACCAGGUCCCAGAGCCCAAGUCAACCUGGGGUAAGGGAUCUUCACAAGACUCUAUAAAAACCAUCCCUGGUACUUAUGUAGGUGUGGCUAGCCCUAUACUGGCUUCUACCCUACGGGGCAAAGAUGGAAAAGGAACUUUUGCAGAUGAAUUUCAGAGUUUUGCAAAGCAGGAGUUCAUAUCUAUAAUUGACCAAGGAGAACAUCUGGCCACAGGAGGAAAGAAGCCAUCCUGUCUGAUGAAGGGCAACCAGCAUGCUCACAGCGUCAAGCAUGUUAAAAACACCAGCACAGCCAUAGCUAAGAACUGUCCUUCUAAAGGAGCCCUAACAACUGCCCUGUCAAGCUCUGCCAACGCUCAGAUUCAUCAGAAAUCUGGACCUGGCAAAACAGCGGUGCCACCGUAUUCUACCACCGUUGUCAAUCCAGCAUGGCAACAGCCGUCUCAUCUCCCCCACCAAGCCUCGUCAGUUCAGAGUAAAAUCACACAAGGAUCUCCAAAGUCCAGGGGCACCACAGGUACAGAAGGAUCCAAGUUUCAGAGUGCCCAUCAUAGCCCGUCCAAACCUGAGGAUGAUAAGUGGGAGAGAAUGAAGUCUCCCCUGUCUAACCUUGCAUCCAUUGUAAAGCAGCAAGCUCUCAAAACAACAGCACUGACAGGUGAGUGUAAUACUCAAGCCUCACCUGUUGUGUCAAGAAAAGCUGAUGUUUUGACUCCACUGACAGGGAGCCAAGACACCCAAUCUAAACAUACUUCUUUUGAUUACCCACCAUACUGGUCUGUGGAAAAAUGGGCUGGUGUGCCAUCCCAAGGAGAUUCAACUCAAGCAAUGAAGAGACACGAGAAGGCCAACGCCAUUAAUCCUUUGGAGAAUAAUACUGAAUUAAACACCAGUCAGGGAGAACACAUUGGACUACAAGCGAAGCAAACCUCCUCAAAGCCUACCAGCCAGUCUCAUCUCUUUGGGAGCAAUGCAUCAACAAAUGGGAACAGGAUGGAGAGCAAACUAGCCCAGGUGUUAGAGGGGGAGAUAUUAAAGAAAGAAAGUGGGGCGUCAGACAAUCCUCCCAGUGACAAAUUGGAGGGCAUGGUUGCAUCUAUUCUUACAGGCCAGUGUGCGGGGGGAGGCGACAAGUUUGAGAAAAAGACAAACGGAACCAAAGAGGAGUCGCCAACCAAAGUAAAAGCUGCUGCGAUCAAACAAAAGAAGACCAGCUCUAAGAAGCCGGCAAAGGAGAAGUCAGCAACAGGCACAUCAACGAAGGCUACAGGGAAGAAAAAGCAAGACACAGAAAAAACUCCAACCAAAGUGUCUUGCCAAAAGAAGCAGAAGAAACAAUGUGCACCUGUGCCUGAGCAGAGUCUACCAGCGGGAAAACUUUCUCCACAGAGUAAAGAGCCGAUUCCAAAGGAUAAGAUCAGUCCUAACAAGGUUGAGCCACCAACUCCCAACAAACCAGUUACAGAUAGCGGCAGUGUAGAGACUCCACUGUCUCUCAAUAGCUCUGCUAUAUCAAGUAAGGAGACCGACACUAGAGAGAGCUCCUUUCCAAGGCUGAGGAGAGGACGACGGCGAGCUGAUGAGGCUCGACUGGACCUCUGGGGCUUUGCGACGCCAUCCCCUCCACCCCCACCAAUGCCUCCUCCCCCACCUUCCCUGCCACCCCCUCUGACUCCCACCCAACCCGCCCGCCGUCCGAGAGGGAGGCCUCGCUCAAACCCCCUGCCAGAGCGAGUGUUUCAGGGCAAGCGCAAAACAGCCAGUGCAGAGGCUGACACGCCUGCUCUCAAGAAACGCCGGCGAUGUCGUAGCAAAAAGUAUCAGACUGGGGACUACAUCACUGAGAAAGACAAGCUGGAAGAUGGAGAGCACCUCGAAGACUCUAACUCCCUGAGACAGGACAGUGGAAUUCCAGCAGAUCCGCAGGUGAAUCAGUGUCCGAGUCCCGCCACCCCCAGUCCAGAUCCUCCUCCACGGAGACCCUCAUUCACUCGCUCCGGGUCGGUCCGCUACCAGGAGAGCGAGGUAUCUCCAGAGUGCAAUGACAAGCCUUCAGGGAAGAGAAAGUUCAAAAGCAAGCACUUAUGUGACAAUGAUGAGCCGAAGAUUAAGACCAAAUGCAGCAGCUCGGGCAAGCGUGGCACCUCACUUGCCCUGGAUGAUGACGCCGCUGAGGUAAAAAGAACAGACAGCCCCCCACCUACUCCAAAAAGUUUGCUGUCAUCUCCAUCCAAUAAGAAAGGCUCAUCGGGAAGAAGCAGCGGUUCAGAGUCUCCACCCAAGAGGCCCAUUCCUCCAGAGGUUCGUCGGCUGAUUGUCAAUAAAAAUGCUGGGGAGACCUUGCUGCAACGUGCUGCGCGCUUGGGCUAUCAGGAUGUAGUUCAGUACUGUCUUGAGAAGGACAUCAGGGAGGUCAAUCGGCGCGACAAUGCCGGUUACACAGCUCUCCAUGAGGCGUCCUCUCGAGGCUGGACUCAGAUUGUCGAGAUGCUGCUGAAGCAUGGCGCUGACGUCAACUGUAGCGCCCAGGAUGGGACACGGCCCCUUCAUGAUGCAGUAGCGAGCGAUAACCUCCCAAUAGUCUGGUUGCUCCUGAACCACGGGGCAGACCCGACUCUGGCCACCUACUCUGGACAUACUCCGGUCAAACUGGCACAUAGCCCAAGCAUGAAGACCUUCCUCACAGAAUAUUUCAUAGACCUGGAAGGCCGCAAAGAACAAGAACCCAGUUUACCCUGGGAUUUCUACAGUAGCUCCCUGUUUGAGACUGACCAGGAGCCGUGCUGGGACUUCCUGCUGUCCAAGCAGAAUCAGGAGCUGGAGGAGGAUCCAACGGGGAAGACUGAGCUGGACUCGGACAAAGAUUGCCUUCUGUUUGAGUUCUCCUCCGAGCCUCUUCUGCCCUGCUAUCAUGUUCAGGUGUCAUUAACCCAGGGCUUUUGCAACUGGUUCCUCCUGACAGACGUCCUGAAGCGCCUGAAGAUGUCUGCGCGGAUCUUCCGGGCGCGUUACCCACACUUGGAGGUGGUGAGUUUGUCGUGUGCUGAGCUCUGGAGUCAGGUAUCGGUCAGCCAGGUGAGCUCCGCUUUGGCUUCACCCUACAGAGGCAAAAAUAAGGAAGAGGACGACAAGGAAGAGGAACGAGAGGGAGUCGUGGAUCUGGUGCGAUGUGUACCAGAGCUCCAGAGACUACUGGGUUCCUCCAUUCACAUCCUGCAAGAGGACGAGGAGGAGGACGAGGAGGAGGAUACACUGACAAACACAGGGAAGCCUCGCAGCCGAUAGCCUCUCUUUCACUGCACUCCUCCAACGUGCAAACUGUUGUCAUUUCCAAGUGUGUCAGCCCAAGUCCUUCCCUGUAAGCAGCUGCUCAAAGGAAACCUCUCCGUCCGUUGUAACGAGGGUCAUGGGUUUUAACUCCAGCUACAUUAAUGACUUGACACUCCUUCAAUAACCUUUGACCUCAGACAUAAGGUGAUUAAGUGAUCACAAGGACCUGCACAUGAGAGUGGUCGGUGCUGGAAAGCAGCAUUCAGGUUCCUAUCUAUAGGUAUAUUUGAAUACAUUGAGUACUAUUGAGCAAACCUUUUGUAUUGACUAUGUAUAUACAUGGUAGUGUAUAUGUAUAUCUUGCCAUCAGGGUGAACACAUUUGAUUAUAAAAAUGUAUUCUUGUGGCAAGGGACGGAUUAUGUUUAGGACUUUUUUAUUUUGUUUGAGUUUGUUCCUUGAGGGAAAGCGAUAUUUUUCGACGGGAGAUAAUCCAAGGCUUUUAUCUUGGUGAACUCUUGCGUGAAGCUAAGACGCUUAAGUCAGGGAGGCCACUGGCCCAGAAGGUUUCUCCGUCAACCUGGGAGACCUAGAGACCUGCAGAGAAGAGACCACAGCACAUAAUGUUUCCAACAUAAUCACCCGCCCAGAUCAGAGACUCCUUUCCAUUUUCUCCUCGGUUUCAUUUUUCACUUUAUCAUCCUCGAGAGAUCAUUACUGGACCGACCUAAUGGCUGUUUGUUUUUCCUCCACAAUUCACAAAGUACACCCAGGCAGCACUGCGCUGUCCAAGUCCCUGCUCGCAGUAUGAAAUAAUGUCUUUAUGGACUUUGAGAUUGAGAGUUUGUUUACAGAACUGGACAGAUAGUAGUGUUCUCCGCUCCCCAGGUUGCACUCCUCCUGAACUGAUACAGAAUCCUGUGGAUGUCUAAGAGAAAAAGUAGUACCAUCUCUGGAGUCCAGAGCCUGCUCCGGUAUCCCGAGGAGCUGAGACGCCCUCUUAACUGCAGCCACGACUGUCCCCCACGUCCUGAUAUGGUGUUUCCAGAUCCCAGAGUGCUUUGUGUUGCAGUGUUUUAUUUACACUGUUUGUUGUGCUUAAUUUAAUAGUCAUUAAUAUAUUUGACCUCUUGUGUAUCUGACAAGCCUAUCUAUGGAAAAAAAAUGCUUUGUAUGGUUGGUGCUUCAUUUUGAAAUGUACUUAUUAGGAUCCCUUUAUUCUGAGAUUUUCCUCCCUCAUUCAAAAACAGUAUUUCAAAAAAGCUAAAGUACAGUUUUAUUGUACUGGUGCUAAGACAGAUUUUGUGUUGACAAUCAAUGAUGUUUUGGUUUGAAGUCACAAACUAACAGAAGACAUUUAAGAUGAAGAUACUUAAGAAAAGUAUAGUUUAGUUAAAGAAACUGGGAUACAGCAAGACUGAAAGACUGAGCAGUGUGUGAGAUCUUGAAGAGCCUUUUAUUUGAUUCUUUUAUAAGAAAUCAAGAAGAAUAAAGCAUGAUUGUGAAUCAUA